AUGUCCGACGCCGCGAGUGAGGUCAAGCUGAAGAAUUUCAACAGCAUAUUCAGCCUCGAGGGCAAAAACGCUGUAGUGACGGGUGGUUCAAGAGGUCUGGGGCUAUAUGUUGCAUCUGGAUUUCUUCAAGCGGGCUGCUCAAAAGUCUUCAUUACAUCUCGGAAAGAUAAAGCCUGCAAAGAGGCUGUGGCAGCGCUGAACUCCCUUCCCAACAAGAAGCCUGGUGCACAGGCAAUCUCCAUCCCGGCCGACUUGGCCCAGGUUUCUGAAAUCCAACGACUCACGAAGGAGAUCGCAAAACAUACAGACUAUAUCGACAUCCUCUUCGCUAAUGCUGGGGCGACUUGGGGGGCACCAUUCGGAAAACAUCCUGAAGAGGCUUUCACGAAGGUUCUCAACCUGAACGUCAAAAGUAUCUAUUACAUAGUACAAAACCUGGAACCCCUGUUGUCUAAGAAUGCGACAACCAACAAUCCUAGUCGGAUAGUCAUCAAUGCGAGCGCUGCUGGGAUCGGUGUUGGAAGUCUGGGUGAAAACGCGACGCACGCAUACACCGUGUCCAAAGCUGCCGCCAUUCAUCUAGCAAAAAUCCUUGCAGUGGAGCUCGGAGGACGAGGGAUUGUUACAAAUGCGAUUGCACCAGGCUUUUACCUCACCAAAAUGGCGGCGGGCCUCAUCGAAUUGACAGGAGGGCUUGCCGUCCAGGCAGCCAGGGCACCCAACAAUCGACUUGGUCAGCCUGAGGACAUUGCCGGACUAGUAGUCUUUUUAUGCAGUCGUGCGAGUAUGCACAUCAAUGGUGCCGUCAUUACGACUGAUGGCGGAGCUGUGCUUGGGAGCUCGAAGCUUUGA